AUGAGUUAUGAGCAUUGCAUCUCUGGAUACACGAAUUUUAAUGAGAACAUCCAUUAUUUCUAUCAAUUUGCCUACCUAUUCACUGCAAUUUGUAUUAACUACCGUAUCCUCUACGUAAUUUGGGUCUCACAACGACAUUUCUAUAGAAAUCAGUCAUUUUACAAUUUGUACAGCGUUGACUGUUUCACCAGUGUUUUGGCAAUGAGCAAUGAAUUGAUAUUCACUCGAUCUUUUUUGUAUUUCCCACAACUUUGUGUGAGUUUCUCAGAAAUUGUGAAGAACUCUCCUGUUUUUAUGAGGAUCUAUUACUGUCUUUUGUCGUAUUUGAUUGCUAUAAAACCAGUUAUUCAUAUUUUCAUUGCGGUUAAUCGAAUGAGUUGUGUAAUGUUUCCAGUGACUUAUAGUCAGAAUUGGUCUCAAAAACUUCGAAUAAUGCUUAUUGUUAUUUUCUUGGCACCAUUUCUAGUUAUUUGGAACGUUCUUAUCAGUGAUAAUUUUAUUGGUUAUGUUAACGGAGGUUUUGGAAUAAGCUAUACAAGAAGGGUGACAUGGGCUUCACUAUCACUUAUGCAAUUCACCUUAAUAAUUCUAACUGUAUUGAUUACAAUGGUGACAACUACAGUAACAUUUUAUAAAAUGACAACGAUGAAAAAGAGAAUUAAAGCUUCCGAAAGAGCACUGUGUAUAGCAGCUGCAUUAAUAUCUGUCGGAUUUUUACUAGAAGCAAUUACGCAGAGUUUCUUUGCAUUUUUCAAAGAAGCUCCUUGGUUGCUCGAUGUUAUGAACUAUCUACGAUUUGCAACUAUGGAUAUUUUGUUUGUCGGUUCCCCUCUCGUCCUCCUUUUGGUGAGUGAUCAAUUCCGAGGUCACGUGCUCGGUUCAAGAAUCGGAAGAACUCAACGUGUAUCUUCCAUCAAUAAUACUCAUUCUCAUAUUCAUCAUAACACUCAUCAUACUAUGACAAGGUAUUCUUACUUUUUGUGGAAUGUCAACAAAUAG